CCGCGGCGGGCAUAUCCUGGGACUUCUUCUGCAGAGUUGCGAGAUCUGGCGUGAGAUCAAUCACGAAACUCUUAGAACACCGGACGACAUAUAUCGAGUGCUGGCAGGUUUUCGCUCUGGUUUCCUCCGAUUCCCCAGCUCCGACCUCGAGCACUCUCAGGCACUACCCAUGUUUACCGAAAGUCCGGAAUACGUCAGAAGAAGGGAUACCCCGUUCUCACCUCCGACGAUUACGUGGAAAGAACUGCGUGCGGUGAUCCCCUCCGAGCUGUUUCGCAAGUCGACGCUCCGUGGGCUGGCGAGCUUCGUCCAGGACGUCGGCUGCUUCGUCACCCUCUUCGCUCUCAGCCGACGGAUCGACGCGUUCGCCGCCCAGGUCGCCGAGGCACGUGAGCUCACGCCGGGCGUCGCUUCGGUGCUCAAGUGGUCGCUGUGGUCUGCUUACUGGUACGCACAAAGCAUUGUCAUGGCUGGGUGUUGGUGUCUGGGACAUGAGGCCGGCCACCAGAACAUCUCGCCAUACCGCAUCGUCAACGACACCGUCGGUUUCAUUCUGCACACCGGGCUCUUGACCCCGUACUUCGCCUGGCGGCGGUCCCACCACUUGCACCACAAAGGUGUGGGUUCGAUCGAGCGGGACGAGAACUACGUGCCACGCACAAAAUCGGAGCUCGGGAUCACGUCCCAGGAGCAGCUGCGCGAAAUGUUCGAGGAGACGCCGCUGUACACGCUCGUCACCAUGGUUAUCAUGCAACUUUUCGGCUACCAGCACUUUUCGCCGUACUCCGUGCUGUUCAAGCCCGAAGAUUUUUGGGGCGUCGUGGUCUCGGACGCUGGGCUCCUGGUCACCCUGUCGGUUCUUAUCAGAUAUGGCAUGCAAGUCGGCGCUACAAACUUAUUCAAGCAGUACAUCAUCCCGUACCUGUUCUGCCACCACUGGGUGGUGUUGAUGACAUACCUCCAGCACUCCGACCCAACCCUACCGCACUACCGGAAGGGCCAAUGGACUUUCCUGCGUGGAUGCCUCGCCACCGUCGAUCGGCCGUUGCUCGGAUUCAUCGGCCGCUUCUGUUUACACAACGUGUCACACGACCACGUUGGCCACCAUCUGUUCACUUCCAUUCCCUACUACAAUCAACCUGAGGUGACCAAACGCAUCAAAGCUGUCCUCGGGGAGCAUUACAACGAAGAUGGCACGAACACUUUCUACGCGCUCUACCGCUCGUUUACGAAUUGCCGCUAUAUCGAGGACGAGGGCGAUGUCGUCAUGUACAGUAACGGCAAGGGCGAGACGACGCGCGAAGUCGUUCAGAAUCCGGAGGAUCGCCGUGAGGACGACGCCAUCCCUGCUAUGCUCACUUCCUUGUCCUGA